CAGGGGUGGAAGAGGCACCGGUUUAGAGAGGAGGGAGCGGCCAGAGCUGGCGGCUUCCUAGUACUGGGAUAGGAAGGGAGGGGAGGACUGACUGGGGAGCCAGAAGAAGGGGCUAGAUUACAAGAAGGGUUCUGCCAAGCUCCCCUGCUGCCCAUCCCUGAGUUCCCUGGCAGGCUGCAGCCAGAAUGGUAGGGGCCUUCACCUGGUCCAGAUCUUAAAAACUGCUGGGAGGAGUCUUUAAGUCUUCCCAGAAGGCUUAGCUCCUGCCUCAGUUUCCCCAUUCAGUGUCCAGGGACUGGGAUCUGCCCAGCUUCCUGGUGCACUUAGAGGAGAAGCUAGAAUAUAUUCUGAAACCUCCAAAGAACUCCAGCUCCCAAACCUGAUUAUUCAGGCUUUUCCUCUUAUGUCUUGCUUCCAUGACUUGGGUACCUGCCAGAUGCCAGUCUAACAACUCUCUCCUAGAAAGAAUCAGCAGGAGGAGUCCUCUCCCCUGAUCCAUUAUUGCCCUCAGCUCUCUCCCUUUAUGCGCAACCAUGAAAAAGAAAAGAGGUUCGGGGCUACAUGGAUACUGACAGGCACGUGCCUUGUCACAGGACAAGAAGUCACCAAGUUGGCAUGAGAACUGCAGUAGGCAGGUGUGGGUGAGAUGGGAAAUGAAAGGGGCAUUGGGUAGCAACCCAGAGAUAUGAGGAGAAGAAGGGAAGCUCUGAAGCUCCUGCAGGUCCCAGGGGAUGGGCCCAGGUAUGAGGAACUUGAACCCAUCUCCUGGGGGUGGUUGGUGUGGCAACGCAUGCCUCAGGAGCAGACUUAGACGCCUUUGUCACAGAGGAUUACAAGGAGUGUGAGGAAAGAGUGCUGCCGAUGGCAGAUCCGCUGUCCCCUACAGCCCCAGCACCUUCCGUGGGUGAGGACAGUCCCAAAAGGAGAGGCCAGGAGAGUAGAUGCAGGGACGGAAAGGGAAGCAGCUGCCUCCGCCGCUGCUUUCUUCAUUAGAACCAUCUCCUAGGAGAAGAGCACCUUGGGGAGUGUUACUCUUUGACACCUCUUCGGCCCUCUGAAAGACAGAAGGAAUUGAAAAAGGAUGAAAAGGGGGAAUACAAGGAACACUGAGUAACUGGAUAAGGGCACAAAAGUGAGCAGUGUCUGGGAACUUCCAAUACAGAAGAAUUCAGUGUAUGACCAGCACCCAACUGGUGCUGGACUCGGGAGAGGCAACUAUGAAAGCUGACUGCCUCCCCCAAUAGUGACAGUCCCUUCAGCCAUAGGGGCAGCAACAAAGUUGUUUGUCAAACCCAGUGUGAGGAAGGUGCUGGGCAAGGCUGCUCUGGGCCACCCACAGUAGACAGACUAAAUAUGUCAGUCUUAAGAUGAAGCCUCUUCUUUUUCUUGCCAAGAGAACACUGAUAAGUGACCGUGGGAAGCCGCUUGGUUUUGGUGAGCUUUCUCUCUCCCAUGCCCAGUGCCUUCUACCAUAGGUCUUACUAAGCCAUGUCAGGGUUUUGGAUUUCUCAUUCCCCUCAAGCCUAGGGAGGUAGAGGGAUGAGCAGAUUGCUGAACCCACCCUCCUGGAUGUGAGAAAUUGGUGUAACCCCUGUCUACUCACAUUCUCCUGGUGGGGCACAAAGGCAGGCAGUCAAAAAUCAAAGAAGGAAUUUUGCUCAGGAGAUGAAAAAAGGAGAGAGCUCAAAUGGGUGGGUGUUUGGGGGAAGUUUCCUCAAGAUAAGGGUUGGGCUCUCUUACCUCAAAUCUCAGCGCUCCUAUGAAGAAGACUGAGCAGUGCAGGGUGGUACAAGACCUCUGCUAAGGGGAGAAUCUGGCCUUACCCUAGUAACUCCAAGGAGACAGGCCCUUUCCUCUUCCAACCCCAGUGUAGCCAGGAUCCCACCCACCCUCUGGCUUCUUUCCCCCUCCCUUUAGGCUCACCUAAAACAGCCCCUUUCUGCCCCAGUUCCCACGGAUGCCUUGGCACUGUCUGGCACAAUCCUUGGCAGGGAAGUGAGGAAGGGAACCCCCGUGCUGGCGGGACUAAGACGAAAUCUACCCGCGCAACAGGUGUGGGGAGGCCUAUUCAGCUCACAGAAAGUUCCCCCCUUCUCAAGGGUUGGGCAACACCGCUUUUGCCGCAGCGACCCCGUACUAAGGGGGCUGGGCACCUGUUGGGCAGAAGCUGCCGUCCUGGCAUUAGCCUGGGGGCGCCAAGCCCAUUCCUCCCACGACCACUGCGGGGUUUGCUUUCGAAGCCUCCGGGACGCACCGGCCCAGACCCGAACUGCUGUCGCCUGGGACCUCUCCCCCGUGUGCCGCUGGUCCCCGAGUCUCUUCUGUCUCCUAGGGUCUCCCCAUUUUCCUGUCUUCCCCGUUUUCCCUCUGCCUCUCUCUCUCCCGCUUCCUCGACACCUGCGCCCUCUCCAGUCUCCGCCCGGGUCGCGUCUCCCUCGCGGUCUCGGCGCUCCCUCCCUCCCCCGCCGCAGCCCUUUGUUUCCCGGCGGAGUAGUUCCUGGGUUGCCGAGCGUCUCUGUCUCCGCAUCUCUCCUCGCCCCGCCUCCUCCCUGCCUGGAUCCGCCCCGCCCGCAGCCUCUCCUCCCCUUCCUCCCAGUCGCCACGGCCCCGUAGGUGCUCGGGAACCCACCUUCCACCCAGCGCGGGUCCGCUCCCCUCUCCCGGCCGGGCCCGGGCUCCCCAGUGGCCGCCGCCCCCUCGCCGCCCCCGCCUGUUCCCAGGGAGGGGGUCAGGUGGGCGGGCACUAUUGUUGUAGGAGCCGGCGCCAGAUUCCUCAGCCGCGCUCGGGGUGGGACCGGCUGGGUUUGGGGGGGUGGGGUGGGGGGAGCGGUGAUUUGAGCUCCGAGCAGCUGGUCUUUGCGGCUCGCUCCCUCCUUCGCGCUCUCUCGCUCUCCGCCGCCGCCCGCAGGGCUGCGGGGCUCGGUGGCAUCUCCCGGGCGCGGCCCGCAGUCCUCGCCCCUGCCUCCGGGUCGCUCCCGCCCCCGGCACCGCUCGCUCCCCCCACCCGGACUCCCCCAUGUAUGACGACUCCUACGUGCCCGGGUUUGAGGACUCGGAGGCGGGUUCAGCCGACUCCUACACCAGCCGCCCAUCUCUGGACUCAGACGUCUCGCUGGAGGAGGACCGGGAGAGUGCCCGGCGUGAAGUGGAGAGCCAGGCUCAGCAGCAGCUUGAAAGGGCAAAGCACAAACCUGUGGCGUUUGCGGUGAGAACCAAUGUCAGCUACUGUGGUGUACUGGAUGAGGAGUGCCCAGUCCAGGGCUCUGGAGUCAACUUUGAGGCCAAAGAUUUUCUGCACAUUAAAGAGAAGUACAGCAAUGAUUGGUGGAUCGGGCGGCUAGUGAAAGAGGGCGGAGACAUCGCCUUCAUCCCCAGCCCCCAGCGCCUGGAGAGCAUCCGGCUCAAACAGGAGCAGAAGGCCAGGAGAUCCGGGAACCCUUCCAGCCUUAGUGACAUUGGCAACCGACGCUCUCCUCCACCGUCUCUAGCCAAGCAGAAGCAAAAGCAGGCAGAACAUGUUCCCCCAUACGACGUGGUGCCCUCCAUGCGGCCUGUGGUGCUCGUGGGACCCUCUCUAAAAGGUUAUGAGGUCACAGACAUGAUGCAGAAGGCUCUCUUCGAUUUCCUCAAACAUAGAUUUGAUGGCAGGAUCUCUAUCACCCGAGUCACAGCUGACCUCUCCCUGGCAAAGCGAUCUGUGCUCAAUAAUCCUGGCAAGAGGACCAUCAUUGAGCGCUCCUCCGCCCGCUCCAGCAUCGCGGAAGUGCAGAGUGAGAUCGAGCGCAUAUUUGAGCUGGCCAAAUCCCUGCAGCUAGUAGUGUUGGACGCUGACACCAUCAACCACCCAGCACAGCUGGCCAAGACCUCGCUGGCCCCAAUCAUCGUCUUUGUCAAGGUGUCCUCACCAAAGGUACUCCAGCGUCUCAUCCGCUCCCGGGGGAAGUCACAGAUGAAGCACCUGACGGUACAGAUGAUGGCAUAUGAUAAGCUGGUUCAGUGCCCACCAGAGUCAUUUGAUGUGAUUCUGGAUGAGAACCAACUGGAGGAUGCCUGUGAGCACCUGGCCGAGUACCUAGAGGUUUACUGGCGGGCCACGCACCACCCAGCCCCUGGCCCCGGACUUCUGGGUCCUCCCAGCGCCAUCCCUGGACUUCAGAACCAGCAGCUGCUAGGGGAGCGUGGCGAGGAGCACUCCCCCCUCGAGCGGGACAGCUUGAUGCCCUCUGAUGAGGCCAGCGAGAGCUCCCGCCAAGCCUGGACAGGAUCCUCACAGCGUAGCUCCCGCCACCUGGAGGAGGACUAUGCAGAUGCCUACCAGGACCUGUACCAGCCUCACCGCCAACACACCUCGGGGCUGCCUAGUGCUAACGGGCAUGACCCCCAAGACCGGCUUCUAGCCCAGGACUCGGAGCACAACCACAAUGACCGGAACUGGCAGCGCAACCGGCCUUGGCCCAAGGAUAGCUACUGACAGCCUCCUGCUGCCCUACCCCAGCAGGCACAGGCACAGCUGGCUGGGGGACCCACUCCAGGCAGGGUGGCAUUAGACUGGCAUUAGGCUGGCACUAGGCUCAGCCUCCAAAACCCCCUGCCCAGCCCCAGCUUCAGGGCUGCCUGUGGCCCCAAGGUUCUGGGAAAAGCAGGGGCCCCCCUUACCUCCUGGGCAGUGACCCUCACUAGGCUCCCAUUCCAGGUACUAGCUGUGUGUUCUGCACCCCUGGCACCUUCUUCUCCUCCCACAUAGGAAGCUGCCCCACUGGGCAGUACCCUCAGGCCAGGAUCCCCUUAGCAGGGGCCUUCCCACCAGACUCAGGGAAGGGAUGCCCCAUCAAAGUGACGAGGGUGGGGUGUGGGCACCAUGGCAUGAGGAAGAAACAGUGUCCCGGAGCAGGCACAAGUCCUGACAGUCAAGGGACUCAGGGGCUGUGCUUUGGCAUCUGAGGGCCUCCAGUCACCUCACUGCCACACAUUAGAAAUGAGACAAUCAAAGCCCCCAGGGUGGCAUGCCCAUCCAUCUGCUGGGGUGGGGCAUCCACAUCCAAGACUGGAGCAGCAGGCUGGCCAGGCUUGGGCCAGAGAGAGCUGACAGCCGAAGCUCUUGGAGGAAAGGGCUCUCCUCACCCAGGAAGCAUCUUAACAUGUGACAGGACCAGGGACCAGGAGCAUGGUGAAGCCAAGUGGCAGACGGGAGCCCACCUGGAUGGAUGUUUGGGGAAGGAGGGCGCGUGUAGCAGAGAACUUAUGAAACAGCUUCGGGGGCCUCCUUGCCUUUCUCAUUCUUUUGCCCUGCAUCCUGUCAUUUCUGUUCUUGUCCCUCAUACAUCCUGGGAGAACCGGGCUCCAGACUUUGUUCCCUGACUCAUAGCUGCCGCUUGUUAGGUUAGGGUUAGAUGGGGAGAGACGGGGCACAGAGGACCUGUGUCCCCGGCCACUCUCGCCUAUGGCUCUAGUGUGUGACCUACAGAGCAUGCUCCACAAGCCCAUGCCUCACCUCACUGCCAUCACUAAUAAACACCAUGCACAG